AUGAGCUACAUCCCGGGCCUCCCGCCAGGCUUCCGGUUCGACCCAACCGACGACGUCCAGCUAAUUCUCGACUACCUCUGCCCCAAACUCUGCCAAGACCCGAACCGGUUCCACCACCCAAACAACAACGUGGGCUCGGUCCUCGAGUGCGACCUCUACGACGACGAGGAGAAGUGGAAGCACUGGUUCGACCUGACCGGCGAGUCGCGGCUCUACUUCUUCACCCGGCUCAAGAAGAAGAAGGAGGAGAAGGGGCAGCGCGUGGAGCGGAGUUUCGGGCAGAGCGUGUGGAAGUCGCAGAGGGACUACGAGAUACGCAUCGAUCCCGAGGACAAGGAGAGCCUCGUCAUCGGGAAGAAGCGGACAUUCUCGUACAAAGUGAAGACGGCGGAGGAGGACGGCGGCGGUGGGAGUAGUAGGGAGAGUGAGAAUAACGGGUGGGUGAUGCACGAGUUCACGUUAGAUGGGGAUUUGGCAAAGAAGGUUGGUUGUGGUUGUGAUUGUUAUGUUAUUUGUUGUGUAAGGAAGAAAGAAGAGAGGUCAGGCAGUAGUAGUGACGAGCGGCGGGAGAUUGAACUGAUUGACCCUUCCAUGAUUCAGAUGAAUUUCGGUCAAUGA